CUUGAUUAGGUUAUUUAGGUUUGGUUUUUGGUUAAAAUAAUAAACAAUGAAUAAAACAGUUAUUGUUUAAUAAUAAAUGGAGAACAGAACAUCAGUUCAAUAACAUAGUCUUAAAAAUGGCAAAUCAAAAACCCACUACAUCAUUAGAGUAUGAAAAUGUGAAUGGGAUAAAACUUGUACUAAAUGUUCAUAAAAGACAAACUCCCCCAGACGCUAGAAUAUUUACAAUAACUUAUAAAAAUGUGAAGAGUAAUAAUUCUAAAAUAGGGGCGAAGGCAUCUCUGUUUCUAGCUAUAAUAUUCAACUUAUUAGCUCUUUUUUACAUUCGGAUUAGUUUAACAGCAAUAUUGAUUAUAAUCAUUGUAUUAUCUUUCUUGGUCUUCUUUUGGUUUACACACAGUGUUCAGUCAGAAAGUCUCAUAGUCAUACCCACAGUGUGUAUCCAAAGCACUGUCAAGUAUGUGUGGGGUAGGGAGGACACCUUUGUGGACUGGUCAAAUGUUGACGAUGUUAUCAUUAAUGAAGUCAUUAAAAUGAAUCGGGUAUUGUAUUACCUAACACUAUUAAAAAAAGAAGAUAAUCCAGAUUCAGUGCGUCUGGUACCACUUUUUAAGUAUACAAAACCAAGACUAGUCAUGCUACAGAAGAUCUACUCGGAGAUACAAACAUUUCUGAUGGAUGCUCAGAAGGAGAGUUCUAUGGCUUCCGGAGACAAGAAAUAAAACUAACACAACUAUUUAUUUAUUAUAAUUAGUAUUACACUAUUAUUAGUUAAAUCAAAUUUAAUGUAACAGGGGAAAAAUACUCCACAUAUUUGCACAUUACAUGGUGCAUCACUACCCUCCUCAAGGAUACAGAGGCUCAACUCUUGGAUUAAAGUUAUCUAUGUAACAUAGUUUUCUCUUAAUCGAUGUAACAUAUGUAUUAGUUUAUGAUUUAAUGUUAUAAUAUAUUUAUGUAUUGUAUUCUCAAUGGGCCUCAGAUGCCUGACUUAAAUA